CAAUGCGUCUUCAUAGGUGGUUUGCUUAUUGUUAUUACUGUAUAACUUUAGUUUGUUUCUAUGACAACUAAGUACCUACUUGUCUAAAAAUGGACAUCAAAAGUUUACCUCAAGAUGUGAGAGAUUACUUACGAAGCGGCGCAAAUAUACAAAGUAUUGCUCAAUGUAUCACGGAAUUGGUGUUAAAUAGUUUGGACGCAAAGGCCACUGCGAUCGCCGUUCGUGUGAAUCUUUUGACAUUUCGAAUUCAAGUUGUUGAUAAUGGUAUCGGAGUCUCGCAACCAAACAUGAGAGUUAUUGGACUUCAGCAUAUGACUAGUAAAUGUCGCUCCUUAGCAGAUCUCAACAAAAUUAAACAAUACGGGUAUCGCGGGGAAGCUUUAGCUAGUAUUGCGAAAAUGUCAAAAAAUGUCAACAUCACGUCACGACCCAAGGAUACGGAAAAUACGUACAGUAAAACAUACGAAAAUGGCAAAUGGUCAAAAACAGAAAGCGUGAAGUUACGAGCCGCACAAGGGACGACGGUUACUGUGUCAGAAUUUAUGCAUAAUUUUCCUGUUCGACAAAAACGUGUUAAUAAGAAUUUUGACUUGGAGGAAACUAAAAAAAAUAUGGAAGCGUUAGCAAUUAUACAUCCAAAGAUCACUUUUAGUUUGAGAAAUGAUGGUACAGGGAAUGUUAUCUUACAGAGUAAACAGGCCAGUAGUGUCAUUCAAGCAAUUUUUAAUUUUUAUCCGGAUAUUCUAAUCAACGAAUUUGUGGAAAUGAAGGUGUCGAAAGGUAAAAUAAGUGUGGCGGGUUUGAUCUACAAACAAUCACAUAGUAGCAGUAGGUUACAGUUCCUUUACGUAAACAAACGCCCGAUCGUUUCCCAAAAAAUACAAAAGUUAUUAGGAUCUCUGUUGCACAAUAUUUGUUUAAAAAAUGAACAUCCGGUUUACUGCUUGAAUAUCUCUUGCCCAUGUACUAUAGUCGAUUUAACGCUCAGUCCACGCAAAACCAUGGUGGAAUUCAAGAACUGGGACAUCAUUUUGAAAUGCCUUGAAAAAGGAAUGCGCGCAACGUGGAAGGAUAAGAACUUGAUGACCACCAGUCAACAUUCAGCAAUCGUCAGCAAAAAAAGUGUUAGUUUAAACAGUAAAUUUGGAGUUUCUGUACUGGAGGGAGUUGUCGUGGGGAAAAGGGUAAAACGUAACGAUCCCGAAUCAGAAAUACCCCUCGCCCAAUCAGAUCCUUCAAAAGUUGUUGAAAUAGAUGAUCACGGUAAGCAACAAUUAUCGUCAAAUAAGCAUUACCUAAGAAUACAAGGUUCGAAGAAAACUCCAGCUGAAAUACAACGUUACUGUCCCACAGUUACAGACUCAAUGCACGACCAACAAAAAGGAAAGGGUCUUAUAUUGAAUAUGUUUUUAAAGUCCACGGUCGCAUUUCCCGUUAAUGAACCGGACAAAACAAACACCAAUAUAAAAGUAAAUCACAACACAAUGACCAUGACCUUAUAUUCGAUGAAAAAUGUGAUACAAAAUUCCCACAUUAUUAGAACCAGCAAGAACAAGCAAAUGGUUUCAAAAUGUAUGCAGACUACUAUGAUGCAACAGGAAGAUGUGCAGUUUCAGUCUAAUUACCAUUUUCCAAUAGUAAGAACCAAUUUUACUAAGUGUGCCCAAAGAACGCAUCGAUCAUACUUUGUUGAUAACAAUUUUGGAAACUGGGGACAAAAAGAUAUUCGAUACGACGUCCUUAAUUGUCAAUACUCUCCGUAUUUUAACAGAAACCCUGAAUACUUCAUAGAUGACUCAUUGUUGGGAAGACGUUCAGAAAAUGCCCACAUUACAUAUGAUUACAAUGCAACUGUGCAGCAAACAUUUUGGGUUUCUCCACCGUCGUAUUUUACGAGGGGUCUCACUCGUGAUGAGCGAGUGAAGGGUAUUAUUUCUCCUUUCUUUAAAAAUUCCCUUUUAAUUCAAAAUGAAGACCUAAAUAAGAAUUUACAAAAUCCAUUUUCAAUAAGAAAUGGAAAAAUAAGUAAGAUGAAGCGGAAUUUACAGUUUUUUGGGAAACAAAAACCAAAUAAGGCAAACAAAAAAGGAAAAAAACAGAAAAUGCACAUAACAAUUCCUGUGAAUCGACUAAGCCCUGCUUAUGAAGAUUACCAAGUACAUAUUAACCAUCAAGAGCAACCAGAAACUUUCCUUCCCGAACCUAUAGGAAUGCAAAAUAUACCUUUUAAGUUAUUCCCCGAGCAAUCAAAGUCGCAUAAAGCGAAACCCUUAUUGCAACUGGGCCCUCCAAUUGAGUUACAUCCAAAUCUUUUAAGCAAUCACGAACUGCAGAAAAUCAAAACGCACAAGAAAAGGGCAUCCAAAAAAAAGGAGAGGAAACGACGAAAGUGUAUCCCUCGUAUUACUUCAACUGCUGUGAGUUGGAUUUCGCAUCACAAUAAAAACCGCAUCGAGAACACUUUUAACCGAAAUUUGUGUAAUAGUAACUUUGAGACAAUAAAUUCAAAUAUGCUUACUACCGCCCCCAUUGGUUUUCGUAAUGGGCCUGACAUGUUUCCUGCAUCUAUUGUAAUGCACAAGGAUAAAUCGGACGAAAAUAAUAGUUUUAUGCAAUGUUCCUUACCCGCUCAUUCUUACCCCCUAGCCGCCGAUAAAGUUGAAACAAUUGAAAAUGUUGAGGAUAAAACUUGGAUUUUUAAUCAAAAUGGGCCUGUGGACGAGGAGUGGACGUUGCACAAUUUUAAUUGGGAGGAGAAUAAGUAUAUUAGUAAGCACACAGGAAAUUCUAACUCCAGGCAAUCGCCUGUGUUUCCCAUUAGUAAUUCUUACUACAGAACAGUAAUGAAAGAUGAACGGGAGACCAAAGAAGACAACAGUGGGAAUCUGAUUUACAUAAAUCAACAAGAGGGAAAAACUUCAAUCUGUAAUCCACAAUGCAAUGAUGCUAACCCCGCUGUGAUCUUAGAAAAUGAAUGGAUGCAACAAGAAGACAGAGUGGGGAAUAAGUUUUUUAUAAACAAACGCACAGGAAUGACCUCAAUUUUCAGUCCAAAAACUACAAAUUCGUUUAAAGUAACGAAACGUAUAGAUUUCGUGCCAAAAGGUUCAUCACCGGCAUUGUUUAAAACUAUCAAGUUUAAUGGCUCCUUAACUCCUUGUUCGAAAAAAGAAUUGCUGAAAGCCCUCAUAAAAUGCCAUGAAGAUGAGUUGGGGACAAUUAAAUGGAGCAAUUAUAUUCAAGAUGGGAUAAGUGUCAGUCAAUUUUUUACUGACUUAUAUGAAGAAAAAAGUAAACAAGUGGUUAAUGCAAUUCAGAAUGUGUCAGUUGCGGCGUUUCCAAGAGCAAUGAUAAAAACAUUCAAUAACUUACAGCCCCAAUCUUUUGCAAAAGAUCUAUUUUUGGAUCUUGAUAUUAUCGGACAAUUGGAUAAAAAAUUUAUAGUAACGUUUUGUCAGUCAACGCAAUUGGUUAUUCUUUUCGAUCAACAUGCAGUUAGUGAGAGAAUUCGAUUGGAGAAUUUACUUAAAGAUUAUAAAGAAAAUGAGCGGUUUAGGUCCACCAAGUGCAACAUUAUUGCUGUGGAUGUAUUUUCUGGUCAAGACUUAAUUGUUUUAGAUAAUUUCAAAAAAUACUUUGAGACUCUAGGUUUUUUGUACAAGAUCCAGCAUAAAACACUGGAAAUUACACAUAUGCCCUUGUGUAUAUGGUCCCAAUUAAAAAAAAAUGAUGAACGUAACUUGAGAAGGCUAAUUAUUUCGUUGAUUAAUGAGCAAAUUGAUGGCAUCUUAUCUACACGUGGUAUAAGUCUCAAAAAGCCCACAGUCAUUCAAAACGUUAUCAACAUGGAAGCAUGUCGAGGCGCAAUCAAAUUUGGAAAACCAUUAUCAAUACAGGAGAGUGAAACACUGAUAAAGGAGUUAUCAAUGUGCCAACUCCCAUUUCAGUGUGCACACGGACGACCUACUUUAUCACCUAUUAUUGAUCUACAACAUAAUAAUACUCUGCGAGAUUAUGCGCUUAAGCCUAAUUUGAAAAUUUUGAAAAGUUAUCAGUUUGUUAAAUGUAAUUUUUAGUACUAUAGUGUAAUCCAUUCUAUCCACUUAUGUAUUGUUUAUUAUCUAAUCAAUGUUAUACAAUUUAUUUGUAAUUAAUAAACAAUUUAGAGUCUUA